AUGCCUCGUGAGGUCGCUGAUAUCAAGAAGUUCAUCGAGAUCUGCCGUCGGAAGGACGCCUCCUCCGCCCGGAUCAAGAAGAACAAGAAGGUCGGAAACGUCAAGUUCAAGGUCCGAUGCCAGAAGCACCUCUACACCCUGGUGCUCAAGGACUCUGAGAAGGCCGAGAAGCUCAAGCAGAGCCUUCCUCCUACCCUGACCAUCACCCAGGUGCCCCAGAAGGCUUAA